AUGGCCCGGGCGCUGGCCGGUCUGGCCUCGAGCUUGCAGGACCCCACCGGGUCCCUCUCCUUGAUCCUCUGUGCCCAAGGAAAUGUCAGUCAUCCCUCACGCUCCCAGGACCCUACCCAACCCGGCUCGACCCCACCCUCCACUCCCGGGCCAUUCCACCGGCCACCUGCUGCGUGCACCACCACACCCGCCCGUCACGAGGAGACACCUUUUCUCCACCGGCUGGAGAAAGGGUGGAAGAGGCCCGGGACUCGCCCGGAGGGGCGCUGCUCUCAGAGGUUCUGGGACCCAGCCCGGCAGGGGGUAUUGCAGGCUGAGCCCGGCUGGUGCGGGGGAGGCCCAGGGCCUGGCGAAGCCCGGGACCCCCGCUUGGCGCCCUGCAGAGCCACCGGGCCGCACCCGGCUCCGGCUCCACACCCGUGUCGCGGCAAGGGGUGCGAACCGAAGUCCUGGCCGAGUGCCCUGGACCAAAGUUCCCCGCAGCGGAGGAGCCGGGAUAAAUUAUCAACCAAAAACAGUAGAGAAGAAGGGGGAUCAGCCGGUCUUGAUGUUUUUGCUCUGUGCAAAUACUCCGAGGUACUUCCUCUCUCCUGGGCGAAACCGCUGGCGUCCGACCCCCGCCCGUCGCCGCCUCUGGGACUGGGAGCCGAGGUGGGCUUUGAGGAGCCGCGUUCCUGCCCGCGCUGCCAGUCCGCGCACCCCAUUGGCUGGAGACAGAGUAACCUUGGCCCACAAGUUCUGGCCACCAGCCCAGUAAAAGACGCGUUGCUAUUAAUGUGCCGUAGACUCUUCCCCCUCGCUUCAAACACUGAUCCCACCAUCCUUGCCACUUCUGGAGCAUUUCUCUGGAAGUCCUUUCUUGAGGGUCUCCGCUGCCAAGGGCCAUCCAAUGGAAAGGCAAGCUCGCAAAAAGAAAAUAUGACCCUGUGUCCUCAUCCACCUUCUUCACUGGACCCGGUACCGGGUGACUUCUGGUUCUUCCCCAAAGUCAAAAUGACCAUGAAGGAGAAAUGUUUUGAAUUGAUUCGGGACCUUGGGAAAGCCAGGGCAGUACAACUAAAGAGCUUCAUGAGAGAGCACUUCCAGAGCUGCUGCAGAAAGUGGCAGGAAUGGUGGGGUGAGAGCGUUAGGAGGGAGGGAAGUGCUCUGAGGGGAACUCACAGCAGUGCUGUGUAACUGUGAUCAUUUAAAAAAGGCAAAUGCACCAUAUUUCUCAAUCACUCCUCUUAGGUCUGAGCACUUUCCAACUCGAC